AAUGAUGACUGUAUUCAACCAGAUUUCGAACAAAAUAUCUACAUUGGAUCCGAAGAUUGUUUGCAUCUGAACGUUUAUGUGCCGGCCAAAUGUUCGGAGAUGAGUCCAGCAAAAAUUAAAUUACCUGUCAUGGUAUAUAUUUAUGGUGGUGGGUUUGAAUUUGGCACUGCACGAUUUUAUGGGCCAGAUUUUUUGAUGGACACAAAUGUCAUUGUGGUAACUUUCAAUUAUAGAGUGGGUCCGUUUGGUUUUUUAUCUUUAAAUUUACCCGAAUACUCCGGUAAUAUGGGAAUGAAAGACCAAGUACUUGCGUUGAAAUGGGUUUAUGAAAAUAUUGCACAAUUUGGCGGUGAUAAAAAUCAAAUCACCUUGUUUGGCCACAGUGCAGGUGCCGCAUCGGUUCAAUUGCAUAUGGUUUCACCGCAGUCAAAGCAUCUCUUUCAAAGGGCUAUUUUGAUGAGUGGUUCGGCAUUAAAUCCAUUUUUACCGGCAAAAACUGAACACUCCACAAUUAUAAAGAACUUGGCUGAAGAUUUCAAUCAUACCAUUCGAAAUGAAAGUAAUCUCAUUGGAUUCUUGAAUAAAAUCGAUGGAAAGAUGUUGUACAAAAAUACCAACAUCGGCAUAUUCACCGAUCACGUGGGACGGAAAGGAUUCAAUCGCCAAUGGUCUGUGUUUAUUGAAGAUCAAAACGCAAAUAAUCCAUUUCUGAUAGAAACACCUCUAAACAUUUUCACGAAUUCAAACUAUGAGAGUAAUUUGGCCACACUGUUCAGCAGUUCGCCUAAGGAAAUUGUGCUCGACGCAGAACAGAUGCACCCAGAACUUAUAGAAAACUUUGACAAAGUCUUCGAAAUGGAUUUGCCGUUACAGUUGUCUAUAGACUUUGAGUCAGAGGUGUAUAAAAAUAUUUCGGAAAACACGUAACUAAAGACAAAUUGGACAUGCUCAUGACAGACAUAACAUUUUUAUAUGGAAUUGAUUUGAGUGCGCGCAUUCAAGCGGUGAAGUCAAAACAAUCCACAUUUGUUAGCAAGUUUUCAGCAGAGAAUGAUUGGAAUUUAAGUGAUAGAAAAUGGAAAGAAAGCAAUUUUACCACUAAAUACAUGGCUCAUGCUGAUCAACUCUACUAUUUAUUCCGAUUUUCUGCGGACACUCCUGAUCAAGUGUAUCAAAAUUUAAGAGACGAGAACUCGAUGCAACGACAAUUAAUCAGAGAUGUGUCCAAUUUUUAUGCCAAUUUUGCAAAAUUUGGAAAUCCAAUUCCACGGAAUGAGCUACCCGAGUCAAAAAAACAAGAAUCAACCAAUCUAAGCUACUAUGAUAUUACAAACGAUGGUAUUACUUUAAAAGUUGCUUCAAACCGUGAACGAAUCACAUUUUGGGAUAAUAUUUUCGACGAAUUCAAAACACAAUGGAACAUAAACUUCAAUUUUUCAUCUGUUUAUCAUUGAAUUUUGUAAUAUUCUCAUCUCAUAUACAAGAAUAAC